AUGGCACCACACUUCUUUAAUAGUUGGCUGGUACUCAUUUCACCUUCACUGUUCAUACAGCUGAACAUCAAUGGUUUGAACGUACCUGAACGAAAGACCCAACUGGUACAGCUACUACAAAGGAAGCAGUAUGAUGCCGUUUUUCUCCAAGAGUCCAAGCUCGGUUCAAGGAAUAAAGACCCUAUCAUCAAUGGUUAUACUUUGAUCAGAUUAAACAGACCUAAUGCUCUCAACCAUCGAAGUGGUGGGGGUCUGGCCAUCUACAUCAAAAAUGGUAUAUCCCAUAGUGAGGUUCCUCUGAAAACCAUCGCUCCUCUGGAGGCACAGGCGGUAUCCUUUACCGACAAGUCAAAGGUUUUUUCUAUCGUUAAUAUUUAUCGACCCGAAGUCAAAGGCAAACCUCAACGAUUCAGUGAAUAUCAGUAUGUUUACGAUCAGUUGCCCGGGACCGACAAUAUUGUGCUUGGUGAUUUUAACGCCAAACACGUAUUGUGGGGCUCGCCAACAACUGACACUAAUGGUAGACAAGUUGCUGAGUUCAUUGAGGCCAAUGACCUGGUUAGCAUAAAUGAUGGUAGCAUUACUUAUGUUGGUGCAAUUGCUCCUCUUGGUUCGCAUCUCGAUCUCACAUUAGUCAGAAGUCAUUUCCGAAAUAAGAAGAAUGAUCCACAACUACCAAACCAACAACAACCAGAAGAUUGA